GAGCAGCCUUCUGCACUGCGAGGGAGUGUUAUGGGCGAGUGAUUAAUUACGUCGGAGUGAAAUACUUGUCCGCCGCUUUGUGUAUCCAAUAAAUUAAGGGCUCCUGAGACUUUUACGCACACAGGUGAAGUGUUGGAUGAGCGUACAGGGACUGCUGCGCUCCUUUUCUGCAGGCGCACCGCUUUAUAAGGAUAAGCUGGACGUGGACUGGGAUUCUUCCGCACCGAGAAGCAAAUUCUCUUUUCUGUCGAAGCACCUCUUUGGAUCGCCUUCAUGUCGCUUUUCAAGACGGCGCCUUUGAGAGAAACCAGAGGUCUGUGAGUGCACCCUGAUGGUUGGAAGACAGACCCUCAGAAUGGACAGCGGUAAUUGCUCCGGGGUGGUGGCGGAUGACAGCCCCGCAUCCAGUCCGAGCUCCAGCCCCAGUCCGGAAGGUCGUCGCCGGGAGCUCCAGCGGCCCAGGGUGCUGCAGACCGGCGGGCUCGGCGGCAGGGGACGCCCGGCAGCGGCGAACGCAGCGCGGGAGAGGAGCCGGGUGCAAACGCUGAGAACCGCGUUCCUGGAGCUACAAAGGACUUUGCCGUCCGUGCCGCCGGACACCAAGCUGUCCAAACUCGACGUGUUGAUACUGGCCACCACCUACAUUGCCCAUUUGACUCGAACACUACAAGAAGAAGGCGCGGAGGAGGGAGAGAGCACAAAACAAGCAGAGGCGUUACACUCAUUGAAAGGUGAAGGAUACCUGCACCCAGUGAAGAAAUGGCCUAUGCGAUCCAGACUGUACGUCGGAGCAACCGGACAGUUCCUCAACACCACAAACCCUUCAGAGUCAGAGAAUCAAGGCCCAUCGUCGUCCACCUCCCAGUAGCAGGCUUAAAUCAUUUGUAUGAAACGAUUUCAUAUUUGCAUGAGUUAGCGGUGUUUACUGUGGCAGCAGCAUAUGGUUUAGAACAAUUGGACUUUCUGAUUUUACUCCAGCUGAAGCCCAUACCACCAGGAAUACAUUGUAAAUUAAUAUAUUGCGUAAAUUUUAUUGUAAAAAUUUUGAGAAAGCACACAUUUCCUCUGUUGUUAUUUUGACUAAUCCUGCUUGCCCUGCAUUGUGCAGCUCCAUACAUGUCCCAGGUAUGAUAUUUGCAGAAAUUCCACGGGGUAAUGAGCCCGUCAUGCUCGAGGUGUGCACUUUCAGUUGAAACAUUUGCACUAAAUGCAUGUGUGAAUAACUUAACAUCUGUCAUGUGAAG